UGUGAAUAGUUGAAAAAAAAUACGAUAUAAUAGAAAACGACAGCUAGCCUCGCCAUUUUUAGUAUGACAUGUUUGACGCGUUGUCUGCGAUUUGAUAUUACUUGAAAAAAUUUUAAUUUAUUUAAACAUUUGUGGGUGUUUGGAAUGGGUAUAAAUUAGAAAAAAUAAUAGACUGAAAAUUAAGGAAGAUUUAUAGUGAAUUUCGCAAAAUGGAUGAAGCGACUUCAACUAAAAAAGUUGGAAAGCAACAUAAUACGCUACCACUGUGGGGAAAUGAGGCCUCCAUGAAUUUAAAUCCACUUAUACUUGCAAAUAUACAAGGUUCUAGUUAUUUUAAAGUGCAUUUGUUUAAAUUGAAGACUUACCAUGAGGUUGUUGAUGAGAUUUAUUACCAAGUCAAACACAUGGAACCAUGGGAACGCGGCUCUCGAAAAACAUCCGGACAAACCGGCAUGUGUGGCGGAGUGCGUGGUGUAGGUGCUGGAGGGAUUGUAUCGACGGCGUACUGUUUACUUUACAAGCUGUAUACAUUGAGAUUAACACGCAAGCAAGUUAAUGGAUUAUUAAACCAUACAGAUUCGCCUUAUAUACGCGCACUAGGUUUUAUGUAUUUACGUUAUACACAACCACCGGCUGAUUUGUACGAUUGGUAUGAGGACUACCUACAAGAUGAAGAAGAAAUUGAUGUUAAAGCCGGUGGUGGGCAGAUGAUUACGAUUGGUCAAAUGGUUUAUCAGUUUCUAACCAAAAUUGAUUGGUUUUCUACACUAUUUCCGCGAAUUCCUGUGCCAAUACAAAAACAAAUUGAAAAAAAACUAGAACUGUAUUGUCGUACAAAUCAAAUAACUUUGCACCAGUUAAGUACAGGGCGUGGCGUGGCAGCAGCAUCGCAAGAUAAUAGCUAUAACGAUGAUAGCUAUAAUCGUCGCGGUGGUGCAGUUACUGGCAGAGAUAUGAAUAGUGAACGUGAUUAUCCACCUUUGACUAAUUAUCGCACAGAACAUGAUGAUCGAGAUCGUGGUAGAGGACGGGAGCGGGAAAGAGAUUAUUAUCAAACCGCUUCGUCCAGCAGUUACCGCCGUCAUGAAUAUUCCUCGCCUGCCAAAGAAAGAGAACGACGCUCUAGUCGCGAACGUGAAAAACAUCAUGAGAAAAGCAAGAAAAAGCGUAAGCACAAGCAUCAUUCACGCAGCAGAAGCAAUAGUCAAAGUCACAGUCGUCAUGAGCGCAAACAUGAACGGGAACGUAGUGGUCACACUAAAAGUCGUGAUGACUACGAAGAACGCAGAUAUCGGUAGAUAUGUUUAUUCAUAUAUAUGAAUAUUCAUAUGCAAAACUAGUUAAAAACAAUUUAUUAUUUAAACUAUUCAACAUGAA